GAAGGAUAUCACAGAAACUUGACACAAAUAUUCACAACAUCGAGACGACGUGCAGAGUGCAUGUUCUGGAUGGCUCGCUUCAAGGUCAAGGUCACACUUAGGCCCAAUAGUCACAUGAGUGUGCUUCGUGUCCGCUCUGUAACUCUUGAAGUGCUUGAAGGAUUAUAAAGAAAAUUGGCAUAAAUGUUCACCACAUCAAGACGACUUGCAGAGCACAUGUUCUGGAUGUCUUGCUUCAAGGUAAAUGUCACACUUAGUUAGCCAAAGGAUUUCAAACAAACUAGCCGCAAAUGUUCACUACAUCGAGACGAUGUGCAGAGCGCAUGUUCUGGAUGGCUAGAUACAAGGUCACACUAAGGAGUCAAAGGACAUACCUACAGGCGUAUAUUGCGAUGCUCUUGUUAUUUUAUUAUCACAGCAGCGUUUUUACCGCCGUGUGGCGGUUGUAAAAAGUCUCCCCGUACUUUCAAUCAAUUUAUUUUAUUUAUAUUUGGGAUUUACGGCGCACCAACACAGUAUAGGUUAUAUGGCGCCAAACAGGACUACAAAUUUUGGUUUCACAUCUCAUUUACAUCGAAAUAAAAACAUUAGGUAUGGAAUCAAAAUUUGCAUACCUGCUGGAUUCACAGAGUUACAGCAAAACCAAGUGUUAAGACCCUAUUAGUCGCCUCUUACAAUCAUGCAAGGGUAAGGCAGUGGUUCCAAUUCUUUUCAUACACAGAUCAUCUCAGAACCAAAUGGGGCACUUUCAAUCAAAGCUGUUAUAUUUCGAUCUCUUCAGAUCGAUCAGCACGGCAUUCAUGUUUUGUAAGUGGUACUGUUUAAUUUUUCAGCUUAAACAUUUCUACUUGGGUGGUUCUAAUACUCCCGCUUUUAAAACUUUGGGUAAUGUUAAAUCAACCCUUGGGUAUGGUGGUUGCUUUUAAAUUUUGUCUUCUGGUAGUUUCUCUGAUAUGCAGGCUCGUGCACCAAACCUCACACUUAAUUCCUACUAUAGACAGUGUAAAUAAAGUCCGUAACACACGUUAUGAUGCCAAAAGUACGUCUUUUUUCUUCUAAAAGUGCAUCAAAGUGUACUGUUAACCAAGGAGCAGACUUCUUUGAGGGUCGUCUUGGCAUGAUGGUGGAUGAAAAUCUAAAUCCGAUUAAUUAUUGUGGAAUUCAUAUAUCUUAUAUUUUAUUUGCAUGUCCAAUCAAAAAGAAUUUCUUAUUUUGAAGAUAUAAGCCAAAAUGGAGUGCCAGACUUUGGCCAUAAACGUUCCAUUAACCGUUGUACUAAAAUUAUUUGUACUGGAAUAUUGACAGGAAUAGCCGAAGUCAGGUGAUCAAAAUCUUCUUAUGUUUAGCUUGCUAAAUCCGGCGGUGUCAGUACAAUUUCUAAUCACAAUUUUACCUUCAAAAUCGUCCAGCGACCGUACUGACCUUUAAAUACAAUAGUCAAGCCACCGCCCGGUUAACAGCAACGACAGACGUGAUAGAUGUCCGUCCGGUUUCCUAUAUGUUUCGCACGGGCGCCGCCCGGACCUUGCCCAAUUCCUGUCAGAUCUGAAAACUGACUGCCCGGCAUGUCCUUGCAGGAAAGCCGUCCGGUGCCUGCCUGUUUUAUGACUGCAUGAACAAAAAGCUUCAAAAUCGUCCGGAGCUUGUACUCUCAAAAUCUUUGAAUCGGCGCCGUUAGAAAAAAAUCGGGCGGUGUCCGUAUUAUUUGUGACUGAAGCAUAUUUGUCAUUUUACAUUUUUAUAUAAGACUACUGUAUGUUACUGUAUGUUAAGCUUGCUUAAGCCAAGUAUUUUUUCCUCUUAUAAAUGAAGUUAUCUAUUUUAUUAUUAGUAGUAUUAUCAUUAUUAUCAUCAUCAUAUUAAAAGAAAGGCAUGGUUGACCCGUUCUUUUCUCAGUUUUAAGGGGCUUGUAAAAUACUUCAAUACAAUGUCUCGAUGCCCUGUAACAGUCCCAGGUCCUAUAUACAUUGUAUGGAAUCUGUAUAUAAUUCUCAGCUUUUACUUUCUACAGGUAAUCAUUUUUAUUUAGUACAAUGUAGACAGUAUUCUUGCAGGAACCGUCUGUAAUACGGAGAAUGUAUUGCGGAGUGCCCGUUACUACAUACACGCGGUCGUCAUAUAAACUUGUCUAAAACUGAGGACAAUGUCUUACAAAUAUAUUAAAAUUAGAAAAUUUAUAUUAUGUAAGCGUAGAGCUACGAAUCGCGGGGUCGUGAGUUUGAUCCCCGGGCGGAGCGUAUGUUCUCCCUGACGAUUUGAUAAAAGACAUUCCGUCUGAAAUCAUUCGUCCCCCACCUCUGAUUCAUGUGAAGAAGUUGGCAGUUACUUGCAGAGAACAGGUUGUACUGGCGCAGAUUCCAAGAACAGGUUAACUGUUCGCCGUUACAUAACAAAAAUACUGUUGAAAAACGGUGUUAAACCCAAAACAAACAAACAAACAAACGUUUUUUUUUUAAUAAAAAACUUUCUAGAUACAAUUGAAACAAUAUAUUUUAAAAAGAAUGCUUUAGAAAUUUCUCAUGAAAUCUAGGGACGUUCUCUAACAGCAUAGUAAAAUGCAUAUAUACAUUAUCUCUUCACUGGUUAUGUAGGGAGACUAUAAACCAAUAAUUUAAAACUGAAAAUACUUCAUUGUUUCAACGAGUAAAAAUAAGUAAUACUUAAAAUGACCCAUCACUUUUAAAAGCUUUGACCCAGGGCCUGUCAUAAGCAGUCUUAAUUGGGACCACUAUAUAGGAUUAUUUUGCAAAAUCUCUUUUGACGUAAUAUUUUGAAGAAAAAAAAAUAGAUGACAUAAACACUUCUUCAAUAAACAAAAUCGCAAUUAAUAGUAUAGUAAAAAAUAUUUUACUGUUUGUAAAUAAUUUAUAAUUAUAAUCUAGAUUCAGUUUGAGAACAACGAAUCCCGCUGGUACGGCACAUACGUAAAUGCUCUGACUUGAUUGGUCUAACACAGGCGACGCCAUGACGUCACCAAAGCAUUUGACGUCGUCCUUUAGCAACGCCACAUCGCAUCUAGAUACGGACUUCAUCAGCUGUUAUUUUGAUAUUUCAUUAUGAAAUAAUAAUGGCCAAAGAAAGCUCUGGGUGUUUUGCGUGGCUUUUUAGCCUUAAAACAUCAUGCAACGAACGGUGGGCAAGAUUCAGAAAUCGCUUCCGGCAAAGAUUUUAUGCCAGAAGGGGUCAGACUGUUGACCCAGCAACCGUUCUGAACGAAACGGGAACCAGGGACAUAGUCAUAACUAAGACACCUUACAAGACGAACAAAGUAUUACCACUAAAUCUUGCUACCGCGGCAGUUGUGAAAGAAGACCAAAGUGUACCUGAACAAUAUCCACAUGCUGCAGAAACUGACAAAGGAUUUGACCAUCUAGUUGACGAAUACGUGUUGUGCAUUAUACGCAAUGCUGCAGACUCACUGAGGCAGGCGUCGCAUAGCAGCACUCACAUCGUCAUGGACAAUGUAGCAGACGACAAGGUGUCAUUGUCAUCAAGCAUUAUAAGCCAAAUCGCAGACACAGCAGUGACAGAGAGCCUGACGAAUAUAGUGUUAGAAGCUGACAUCAACUAUUCUGCCAUUCAUGUGACCAAAGCUAGAACUGUCAAAGAAUUUAUGGAGGCAUUAGGAAUUGUUUCCAGAGAUGUUGAUGACGGUGGUCUACCACCAGUUUGUUUGUAAAAAACCAAGAGAGAACGUCGCACCAAUUACUUUUUUGCAUAUCUUUAAUUAUGUUUAUUCACAGUAACUGUUUUAAAUUGGUUUUUGAGGUUCUGAAUUUAUUUCCUAUAAUAAAUCUCAUAGAAACCUCUAAAGUAUUUG